AUGCCUAGUGGAGUUCGUAGAAAAAAGCAUGCGAGAUCAAAGUUGAAUAAGAACACUCGGAGGGUAAAAGAUAAGCACGCUAAGAUUAAUAUCCAGUCGAAUGCCAUUAUUGCCGAACACUGGGAUUCCAAACUCACAUUGGCCCAGAACUAUAAGAAGCUUGGUCUGACAGCAAGGUUAGGACGUAGAGCUGGCGGUGAAGAGAAGGAAAUCAGAAAUACAGAUAGUCUAAAUGCGAAUGAAAGUGACGAUGAAAGCGAACACGAACUAGAGGAGGGUGAAGGUCGUAUUGUACGACAUGAAGAUGGCAGUGUCACCGUUGAGUACGGCAAGCCUAAAGACGAUGAGGAAGAAGCUGAGCAUGAAGAAACUACUACAGAAGUUGUCCAGAAGCUUGAAGCAUUAGCAGCUAGUGGUAUCACAAAGCCAAGAGUACAAAGUGAACGUGAACAAGACUGGAUCUCUCGGCUUGUUGAGAAACAUGGCGAUAAUUAUGAAGCCAUGUUUUGGGAUAAAAAACUCAACAUCUAUCAGCAGUCGAUUGGUGACCUGAAGCGUAGAAUUUUCAAAUGGAAAAAGUCUCAAAAACUGGCAUAA